CUUGUACUAACAGAUUUCAAUAAUUCGGUAUCGAGCGUCUCAGGUCCCAACUUAAAUCCAUGGUAUUUUUUUUUGUUUAUCGAUAAAUACCUGUUUUGUCCCCACCUCCUGGAAUUUCAGUUUGUUCUCACUUCUUCCAAACAUUCGUCUUUCGUUGAUCUGACAUUAAUUGAGUGAAGAACACUACUCUUGUGUCUCGCUCUUUCUUCUCCUUCUCCCUUCUUAAUUGAAUCUCUCUUUCCACUUUUUCUGACGGUGUUCUGGUUCGGCCAGAUCAAUAAAUCUAAUCGGGACCCGACUCCACUGUGUUUCACACCGCAUAGUUUCUACCCCUAAAAAGCGCAGCGGACAGUGAUCCAUUAGCUCCAUUGAUCAUCCAGUCUUAAAUUCGCGGCUCCCUCGUUUGACCGAUCAUCAUUUGCACCACUAUCUACCAUUAACAAUGACCAACCUUACCACCACCACCACAACUCCUGCCCCUGUCGCAGUCUCCAUCAAACCCACCAUGAACUCCCAACCCGACGACGCCCCUCUCUUCUCGACCUCUCUGAUCUCUCCUGAGGUGGUCGCUGUUCUUCCAGAGGGAUACACUAUCCGUCCUGUUCGCCGCUCCGACUACAAGCGGGGUUUCCUCGACGUACUCCGUGUGUUGACCACCGUCGGCGACAUCACUGAGGAGCAAUGGAGCCAGCGGUUUGACUGGAUAUCUGCCCGUAAUGACGAGUAUUACCUGCUUGUCAUCUGCGACAACACAGACCGUGUUGUCGGUACCGGCAGCUUGAUUGUCGAGCGGAAGUUCAUUCACUCUCUUGGCAUGGUCGGGCACAUCGAAGAUAUUGCCGUUGAUCAGUCACAGCAGGGAAAGAAGUUGGGCUUGAGGCUCAUCCAGGCUUUGGACUACGUGGCUGCUAACGUCGGUUGUUACAAGAGCAUCCUUGAUUGCUCCGAACACAAUGAGGGCUUCUACCUCAAGUGUGGCUUUAAGCGAGCCGGCCUGGAAAUGGCUCACUAUUACUGAAAUUAAGAUUUGCGGCUAAGGGACUUAUACUGGCGUUCAGAUAAAUGGCUUGGGUUUUGUCUGUGAGAAUCCUUCAUAAUGCCUGAGGGGCCUUCUCUAGAAUUCUUGUUCGGGUUUACAAGGCCUGGUGUUCGGGACACGGUUGCUUGGCGAAUUAGCUCGCCUAUUCUUGGGCUUCGCUCCUGUGGGACUCGGUCGAGGACGCUCUAGAAAGAUCAGAGCGGACACUCUUGACGGUGCAUGGCAUGAGUGGUUUUCGACCUGUCGAUCGACUUCUGAUGGGCCAAUCUCGAGAGAUGGGCAUGUUCAGAUGGGGAUUUUUAUACCUUUGUCGAAUUGAUUGCCUAUGGGUAGUCGCUAGCAUGUUCACUUGGGUAGAGCUAGGAUUCCUUGUUACUGCCAUCCAUUCUAUAGACAACAUAUUAGAGUAUCGAAGUAAUGUUAUAAUGUCAAUAUUUAAAAAUACUUAUAGCCA